AUGGCUGCAGCAAAGAGCCGGCGCCAGGGCGCAGCGGCUGCCUCGCCCGAACCCAAAGCGCAAGAUAAGGAGGUCGUCGCGGGCGCCAAUGGCAGCCCAAGCAUUCAGAUCGCAGGGAAGAAGGAGAGCGCAGACGAGGAGCCGCACGAGAACAUAUUCCUGCUCUGGCCGAACAUUAUCGACAUGCUGACUGACCACAUCCCUGUCCCCCGUCGCAUAGGCUACUCGCGCAUCGUCCUGGCCGUGGCCUCGCUGUACUACAUGCCGCUGCACCCGCGCACAUGCUCGCUGCUCUACAGCAUAUCGUGCCUGCUGGACGCGCUCGACGGCUACGCGGCCCGCUACUUUGAGCAGUCGACGCGCUUCGGCGCCGUGCUCGACAUGGUGACAGACCGCUGCACCACCGCCUGCCUGCUCGUCUUCCUGUCGUCGGCCUUCCCGCGCUGGGCCAUCCUCUUCCAGGGCCUGAUCUCGCUCGACCUGGCCAGCCACUACAUGCACAUGUACGCGACCCUGGCCAUGGGCGGCGCCGAGAACAGCCACAAGAACGUCGACAAGUCGCGCAGCCGCAUCCUGUCGCUCUACUACACCAACAAGACAGUCCUCUUCCUAGCCUGCGCGCUCAACGAAGCCUUCUUCAUCGCGCUGUACCUGCUCUCUUUCUCCUCGCCGCUGCUCUCGCCGUCGCUGCUGCAGACGGUGCCCGACCAGGCGGCGCAGGCGAUCCACCAGGGCGCGCAGGUCAACUCGUCGCUGCUGCGGCACAUCUUCACGAACCCGUACAGCGCGGGCGCGCUCGAGCUCGCCCGCGCCAACAAGAUGGACAGCUUCUGGCCCUGGGUCCUCGCCGGCGUCAGCUUCCCCGUCAUGGCCCUCAAGCAGAUCAUCAACGUCGUCCAGCUCGUCAAGGCCAGCCGCUGGCUCGCCGAGGGCGACGUCCGGGCCCGCAGGGCCCAGGGCCUGCCCAGGCGCAAGAGGAAGACUGCCUAGCGCCGCUGGAUUCGGACUCGGACAGACGGGCGGGCUUGUUUUGUGUAUGGGGAUAUAGCGGGCCAAAGGGGAAGCCGGAUGUGCUGUAAGCUAUAAUAAGGGCGGGGUGUCAUGAUUUGUUUGCUGCUGGGUUCUUUUUUUCUGCCCGGGGGGCUAUUGCAUAGAACACCCCCGUGUCGGGGUGUCUCUUCAGGCGUUUGAUGGGGUUGGGGGGUUCGCGGGGGGGAUGUCGGCCGGGAGGACGGACAGCAUUCAGGGACGGGGCUGGAUCAUCUGCUCAUCUGCGCGAAACACACGAGGACUCUUGCGAAUGGGCCCUGGGCCGACCCGGGGCUGUUGUUGCGGGUCGCGAGGCCGGGCUGAGGGUUUGGGCUAUCUAUCUAUUCAUCUGUCUUUUUGGAAGGGUUCCUAUUUAUUUUUACUUACUUUUAACUGGAUUUAGACGCUGAGGUCCUCCCUCGCUUGUUUUAUUCUAUUUACCCUUAUUUUGUUCUGAAGAUAUGGAGCGAGCGAGGAAUACUUCGUC